CCCAAUAAAACAUAGCCAGCACCCACCACACAGCCCAACCGUUGUCUUGUGACUCCUGUUCCUCUGUUUCAUUUUGUUGCUCUCUUUCUCUGUUCAUGGCUUCCAGACUCUUAUUCACUCCAAUUCCCGAUUUCCCAGUCCCAGUUGAAAAAUUCCCAAAACCCCAUCAACGAGUCCCAUGUUUUACAUUCACUCUUGCACCUCCAACUUCUUAUUCUUCUAAGUCCAUUUCUAGCUCUAGAAGAGGGUCACCACCACCGCCACUUAAUGCUGUCAAAGAGGAACUCAUCCAAUCCCCGAGUUCAGAGCGAACCCAUGAUUCCAAAACCUCUCCUUCUUCUUCUUCGAAGCUUGUUCUCGUCGCUGGUGGCUCCGGUGGUGUUGGGCAGUUGGUAGUGGCAUCAUUGCUAAGCAGGAAUAUCAAGUCACGACUUUUAGUACGAGAUCCUGAGAAAGCAAUAUCCUUGUUUGGUAAACAAGAUGAGGAAACAUUGCAGGUGAUUAAAGGGGAUACUCGGAACCCAGAGGAUUUAGAUCCAUCUAUAUUUGAGGGAGUAACACAUGUGAUUUGCUGCACUGGAACAACAGCCUUUCCUUCGAAACGAUGGGAUGGGGAUAACACACCAGAAAGAGUAGAUUGGGAGGGUGUGAGAAAUCUUGUAUCUGCACUGCCUUCGUCACUGAAGAGAAUUGUUCUUGUUUCGUCAGUCGGAGUAACAAAGUUCAGUGAACUACCGUGGAGCAUUAUGAACCUCUUUGGUGUCCUCAAAUUUAAAAGGAUGGGGGAGGAUUUUCUUCGCAAUUCUGGUCUUCCAUUUACCAUAAUCAGACCUGGUAGAUUGACUGAUGGACCUUACACAUCAUAUGAUCUAAAUACUUUGCUCAAAGCUACAGCUGGGCAAAGACGUGCAGUUCUUAUAGGUCAAGGAGAUAAACUUGUUGGAGAAGCUAGCAGAAUUGUAGUUGCAGAAGCUUGUAUACAGGCACUGGACAUGGAAUUCACUGAAGGCAAAGCUUAUGAAAUCAACUCAGUUGAGGGAGAAGGACCAGGAAGUGAUCCGCAGAAGUGGCAAGAGCUAUUUAAAGCUGCCCAAGCCCAAUAAUUGAACUCCUACAUUCAAUUUGGUUCGUCAUCUAUGUGUACCAUUAGAGAUAUUGUUUGAAAGUGAGAAAUGUGUGAUGUAAGUAAUUAUAUUAUGUAAUAUAGUUUUUUUUUUUAUGUAAGUAAUAUAGUUAAUUAUGGCA